GUGUAGGGGAUGCCAACAGAAAAUUCAGCGCACAGAUCAUUCAAAGAGUCAUCCCACCGACACCAUGGAAGAAAGCAAGAAGAAAACUCGUAGACCGAAAAAGAAGCGUACGCGAGUAAGGGGCGUGCCAUACUCGAUGGAGCUCUGCGUCGCAAGCGCCUCUCAGACGCUUCAGUUGGAAGCUCAGGCGUUAAGUAUUCAAUUGGUAGACCUGCAAGCUGCGCGACGAAAUCAAAUCAAGGACAUCGUGAUAGUGGCGGGGUGUUCUGUGUUGUCUACUAGUCAAUGGCGCAGUCUAGCAGCAAUUGAGAGCGAGAAGCGAUGUCAAGCUGAAAAACUCAACAGAGAACUGAAGGUUUUGUUGAGUGAGCAGAUGAGCAUUCGUGCCAAUCCUGAAGACUCUAGAGAAGACUCAUGCGUUUCAGGUCCACCAAACAUACAGCGACCGAUUCUUGGGCUCAACUUUAGUGAAUAUGUGCUUGACGAGAUGUUGAACAGUUUGGAUUGGUUACGACUCGAUACCGACACGAUGCUGUCAGCCAUGGAUGACAGUACAAAGAUCUCGUUUCGCUGGCAGCACAUGCCUUUGAGCAACUGUAUCCGCUCGACUUCGAUCACGCCUGUGCGUUGCUCAAUGUAG